CGUAAGCAGCAGGGCCACGUCAGCAGUACCGCAUCAUCGACACCGUACAGCUAACCGCAGCUUAUGCUCCGACGCAGCAACCGCAUCGCAGCACGCGGAGGGCGGGCAGCCGCAGCAGGACAACAGCUACCUCUGCCCCACCCCUCGGAAAUGGACACCCAGGGCAACCCCACGGUGGACAAUGCCGCAUCCGGCAGUCCACGUGAGGCGUGCAGCUUGAACCCCCCAUCCCCACAGGCCCAGCAGGAGGGUUCCACUGCGACUUCUGCGGGAACCCUCGACGCUGCACCAGUCCGACAGCAAGGAGAGACCAUGACGACCUUCCUGGCCCGCCUGGGCACCUAUAUGCAGCAAGUCCAAGAGGAGCAGCAACGCGAGGCGGCAGCCGAAGCAGCGCGGCUUAAUGCCAUUGCACGCGCAGAAGAGCAACGACGCCGGCAGCAAGCUGACGCAGCUGCCAACCAUAACAAAGCUCGAAGAGAUGCCGCAUCUGUCCUCAUGCAGCAGGAAGCCGCUCAUACCGCCGCACUCCAAGCUUGGAAUGUUGAUCCGGCGGCGGCGACGGAACCAACUACGGAGGAACAGACCAAGUCAGCCUUCGCCAACAUGAUGUACCAAGUCAUCCUCACUUGUAAUUGGCAACAAGUGGAGCUGGCUCAGCAGGCACAUACCAUUGCUGAGUAUGAGGAGACUCUCAAGAGCCUCCAUGCCCGCCUUGACAUGCUGGAGAAGGAUGACGUGCCACACAGGCACACGGCGUCGUCAAGCAUUGAUCCAUCGAUCCGCGAGCUGGAAGAACGACUGGAUCAUCUAGUAGCGCUGGUCGGAACUUUGAACAGCUUCCGACAACCGGCAACCAUCAGCCAGCAAAUAGCCGCUCUACAAGCGGAUCUGCGUCAACUGCAGCAGCAACCAACUGGGACCUGCAACAACGUGACGCCGAAACAAUUCUUGAUGCCGAAAUUCAGCAUCGACAGAUUUGAUGACUACCACAAGGCGGACCCUAUCAGUUGGUGGCAAGGGUUCACCAAUGAGCUCUCCAUCCACUUGGUCCCGCCCGAGUCGAAGAUCUCAGCGCUUUACCUCUGCAGCACCGGUGCCAGCCAAGUGUGGCUCAAUCACCUGGCUCAAACCGAGGGCAUCGAAGUCUCUAAACUUCACACCAAGAUCACUUGGGAGGCCAUGACUGAGAAGUGGUGGAAAUGUUUCAUCGUCGACGACGCUCAGGGCAAAGGCGUGAACCGGAUCUUCAGCAUGCACCAAGGCAGCCAGACAACACGCGUAUGGCUAACCGAGUGGCAGAAAAUAAUGACGACUCUGAAUUUGGACAUCCCAUUCAUACAUCUUUGUCGCCAAUUCUUCCAGCGGUCAGUUGACGCGUUGAGCACGGCCCUUGGGGAGUGCAGCCUGUACACGGACUUCGACCAGAUCGUGGAGAAGGCGCGCGAAGUCAUCCAAACCAAACGGUGGGCAGCCAACGAGCGACGAAGCCAACCGAAUUUUGUGGAAAAGGGCAAAGGUCCGCGGCCGCAGCAAGUCCCUAUUGUCCAAGCGGCGAAGCCGCAUUGCAACGCCCUAAUGGCGGAGCUACGCAACUACUUGCACGCUGCAGUACCAGCUCCGUUGAUGGAAGACGAAGUAGCGGUUGUUGACCUUCGCGAGUACAUUGCGAAGAUUGACCAUGAGUACGCCACGCAACGGUACAACGACACCGACGCACCGUUACUCUACGUCUACAUUCAGAUCGGGAAGGUGACCUGCAACGCCUUGAUUGAUUGUGGAGCUACUCGCAACUACAUCAGCCAGGACUUCAUGACCCGCGCCGGCCUGGGGCCGCGCGUUCGAAGGAAAUCGCAGCCCACGCAAGUCACGUUGGCCGACGGUCGUACGCACAAGUUCACCGACCGGUGCAUUGACUCCGUCCCCGUGUACUUCGCCCCGCUUGCACGCGAGGCCGUGUCCUUUGACAUAUUGGACACACAGUUCGACAUGAUUUUGGGCAUGUCAUGGCUGCGCAACGAGGAACACCCGGUGAACUUCUACUGCCGCACCGUUCAUGUCAUAACCGGAACGGGGUACUUGUGCCAUGUACGGUCCCCACACCUCAUCCUUCGAUUGGUUGUCACGGGGUCUCCGCGGCAAGCAUUCGCAACUCCAUCUCACGGAACGACGUGGAAGAAAUUGGCAUUUGUUUCUUGCACGCCCUCCCUCCUCCCGACGAGCCAGCGGCAGAACAGCCAUUGGAUCCACGCAUUGUACAACUUCUUGACUCCUAUGGCGAUGUCUUUGAAGCCCCCGCCGGAAUCGUACCGAAUCGGCCAAUUCGUCACGAGAUCAUCCUCGAAGAUGGGGCCGUACCUCUGCGCAGAUGUAUUUACCGCAUGAGCGAGGAGGAACUCAAAGUGCUUCGAACGCAACUCGAUGACCUCAUUGACAAG